AUGAAAUGUCACAACAGCUACUAUCAGUAGUAUCUUCGGCGCUAUCUUUCGGAGAUGGUGAUUGGCGUCGCGACGCUCUUGCGUUAAAGUGUGGCACGUGAGUGGCACGAGGAAGCAAACGAAAAGGGUCAUCGAACAUGUCGACGACUUUCGCUUCAAGAAUACUUCUGGCCUUUUGAAAUAUUGAAGAAGCUUAAAGGUUGCCAUGUUGAGAUAGCACCAGCACGGCGCUUUAUAACAGGUGUGUUAUGUCAAUGAAAAAACUGGCCGUCCUAUCAGCAUUGCACAAUUAUGGCGGACUAAACAAAACCGACAUGAACCCCACACCAGGAUCCCCUCCAGCUCCGGUGCAUGGGGUCAACGUGAUGCUGGGAGGAGCUAUGAUCAGUGGCAUUAUCCUUGUGGUCUUCAUAUUCUGCUACUGCUGUCACAAGACGCAUCGGAAAUCACAAACGCAUUUGCCUCCAUAUUGGAGGGACCCAGGAGGCCUCUCUAUGGAGAUAUACACCGUCGAGGCGCAAAGUUGUUUCAGUUCGGAGGAGUUCAGCGAAAGCCACCGGCCGCCGACUCCUGGACCGCCCCCGGCCUAUGAUCUUGUUGUUCCCAUCAGAAAAGGAUCGGAUUGGGACAAAGGUGAGGACGAGGGUGGACUGCCCAGCUACGAGACCGCUGUCAAACUGCAAGCUCCCGGAAACGGAUACGUGUGAAGUGUCAGUGAUAAAAACAGCAAAUUUAUUCAUCUUAUCUGUUCGAAAAGAAGCGGUUCUUACGGACUUGGCUGAGUACUAGUAGAGUAAUUAAAUUAACGUCAAGGACGUAGAUGGGUAGAUAAGAUAAUGCAAUAAUGUAUAAUAUGUACAUAAAAAACAAGUCAAGUGUAUUAAAACACCAAUUAAAUUUAGGAAUUGAGAGCAAGGUGACUCAAUAGAACUACUUCUAAUUAAUUGAGAUUUUUAUAUAGAGUGUACCUAAACUUUGUGUCGCUAGUUUAAUUUUAAUAUAUUUAUUUUAUUU